UCACGAGGGCGUCCCCCUUACCUGGAAGAGACUUUUGAUUGGUGAUGGCGCGCGCUGCACCUGUGCCUGCUGUUCGCGAGACACAGCAGUGACAUUAGCACCCAGCUGGAGCACGAGGCAGAAUCAGAGCGGGGAUUUAAAUGACAGCUUCAGUUUAAAAGCACGAUCCGAGUGGCCAACAGAAGGACUCUUCCUCCUGUCAUCUUUGGAUCUGACAGAUCAGAUGGAGGGGGUCCUGAUUAUAAGAUCUGCCUCCGAACCAAACUGUCUCUCUCAACACGCUUCAUCGUCCUUUUUACCCAAUGCUCAAGAAGAUUCAGACCUCCAAUCAUCUCCUUCAAUCAUGUGUGUGCCCUCUAUACCUCCUGCUCCUCCUCCACCACCCCCACCACCACCACCACCACCACCUCCUCCUCCUCCUCCUCUUCUUCCUCCACCUCCUGGUCCUUUUGGCUCUCGUAAUGUUGAGCGUCGUUCCAUGAAGAAGCUGAACUGGGACACCAUCCCAAGUCAGCGUGUGUUGGGUAAACGUAACGUCUGGACAACGAAUGCGACGCAGAGGGACCUGGUGCUGGAUAUCCAGAGCAUGGAGGAGCUGUUCAGUCAUGUUGACAAACGGGCCUCGAUACGCAAGUCAAGGGUCAUGGGUUUGAAGAACAGUGAUGGCUUGGACCUCUUUCCACAGGAGCCUCAGGUCACAAUCCUUGACUCUAAGAAGAGUAUGAACAUUGGGAUCUUCUUGAGACAAUUCAAGAGGCCAGUGGCAGACAUGGUGCAGGACAUUCGACAAGGGAACUGGCUCAGAUUUGGAACAGGAAAACUGAAGGAGUUUUGUAAACUGCUGCCAGAAGACAGCGAGGUGAAGCAGCUUCUGUCAUUCAGUGGGAACCUCUCUGUGUUACCUGAGGCGGACCAGUUCAUGGUGCAGCUGGUUAAAGUUCCAGGCUAUGAGGAACGCCUGAAAGCGAUGGUGCUGAGGGAGGAAUUCUUCCCUCUCAUGGAGGAGGUGAAAAACUCAGUUGUUGUCAUGACAAAGGGAGCGAAUGAGCUGUUGGACUGUGAUGACCUCCACUCAGUCAUUCGGCUGGUAUUAAAAGCUGGGAAUUACAUGAACGCUGGUGGGUACAGCGCCAAUGCUAUUGGCUUCAGGAUGACAUCUCUGCUCAAGCUGGCAGACACCAAGGCCAACAAGCCGGGGAUGAACCUCAUGCACUACGUUGCCAAGCAAGCAGAGGACAUUGACGCAGAGUUGCUGACUUUUCCAAGCCAGCUUGAACAUGUCAGCAUGGCAUCAAGAAUUUGCAAAGAGGAUGUAAUCUCAGAUUUUGAGAGAGAAGUCAAGAAGAUCAAAGAAGUGAAAUUGUACAGCAGCAGACAUCCUGGUCUCUUACAGCAAAUGGAGACAUUUUUUCUGAGGGUUGAUGCCAAGCUGUCGGAUGUGGAGUUCUGUCUCCAGGAGCUCAAAACUGUGAAUGACCAUGUUGCGGAGUAUUACUGUGAGGACCCUGCUGCCUUCAAACUGGAUGAGUGCUGCUCCAUCUUUCAUUCUUUUUGCAAGCGGUUUGAAGCAGCUGUACGGGAGAACCAAGAGCGCGAGGCAGCAGAGGAGAGGCGCAAGCGGCGGGAGAGCAUACGUUUGUCAACCAAACGGCGCUCCACCGUGUCCUGUCCCAGACGUGAGCCUCAUCAGGAUGACGCCAGCCUGGAGUCGGUCUUACACAACUUCCUCUCAACUGUUCCAGAGGGUCUAUCCAGAUGCAAGAAGAACACGCUACCUACAAUCAAAGGGUCCCCUUCUGUGUGUACUUUAAAAAAGGUUCCCUCAGCAGGAAAAAUUGAUGCUUCUCCUCGUACCCGACAAGAUUGGCCCGAGAAGAAACAAGCUAAGCUUCAGAAAGAGGGGGAGGAGCCACUUCUGGAAAACAAGGAUGAAGCUGAGAAGAUGCGUGAGACGACUCGGAAGGUGCUUCAGUACCAAAACACCCGUGAUGGGGACAAAGUUGAUGGCACUCCUCAACAGCCAGGGAGGACCAAAGACAAACAAGUGUCCCCCAGAACCCCUCAGUCCAGAACCAGAGACUACUUCUUUGCCAACAACUCAAACUCCCCGUGGACUAUCCUGAGCCCUUUGACCUGCCCCCAAGGAAGCCCAAUCCUACGAAAUAGAAGAGCACAUCAUUGCAGUCGACCCUUGUCAUCAGCGGGAGAGGACCUGGACGAUGGAGUCUGGGAGCAUUUUCCCUCCAACCAGAGCACUCAAACAUCUCCGUCUUGUGGUUCCUCGUCUCUUCCUGAGUGCCCCAGUAAGAGAGCUGCAUCCCGGGGUCCGAUCAACAGAUCAGUUUCUGUAGAUGAAGCCAGGCGAUCUCCAGCGACCCUGUCCCGACUGGGAGAACUGUUCCACAGAAGCAUUUCUCAGAGGUCGCACUCCUCUGGAUCGAGGACAGAAUUAGUGAAAGAAGCAGCAGAAAGGGACGGUCUGCUGCUCGGCAGUAAGCUGGAGAAUCAUGUGGAGGGGCAGGUUAGCACUUCAGGAGGGUUCAAGUCCUUUUUUAGACGCAUCGGAGGCAGAAAUAAGCCGGGAGACGUGGACGAAAAGCACUUCAAAGGAUGUUAUACUUGAUUACGAUUUUUUACCUAGAGACAGAGAGCAAGCUUUUUUUCCUCUAAACUAUUUUGUCCGUCUUUUUUACUUUACACUUUUACCUUUCAGUGGAACCAAAGCAAAUGGGAACUUGCUUUGGGUCUUGUGUGGGUCUUGAUUUUGAACCAAAAUCAUAAUAUUUUUCUUCAUUUUUUUGUCUUUUGUCUGUGUACAAUAAAGGGUAAUUACCUUUUU